AAAAUCUGACUGCCCCGUAGGGUCGUCCUCCUUACGCACUCGCGCGCCUGCCUGGGUCUUCGCUGUGAUGGAGGAGGAGGAAGAGGGGGCCGAGGAACAGGAGCGAUUCUCUUAUCAACAGAGGCUGAAGGCUGCCGUCCACUACACCGUGGGCUGCCUUUGCGCGGAGGUUGCCUCGGACAGGGAGGUGCAGCUCAGCAAGCAGACCAUCGCGGCGAUCUCGGAGGCGACCUUCCGGCAGUGCGAAACUUUUGCCAAAGACCUUGAAAUGUUUGCAAGGCAUGCGAAAAGAAGCACAAUUAGCACGGAAGACGUGAAGCUCUUAGCCAGGAGGAGUAAUUCACUGCUAAAAUACAUCACAGAGAAAAAUGAAGAGAUUGCUCAGUUCAAUAUAGAACGAAAAACAAAGAAGAAAAAGAAGUUGGAGGAUGGAAACAAAAAUUCAGUAGAGACCACAGAGGCUGGAGAAGUGGAAAGUGAGAAUUAAACUCUCACUGGGAAAAGCAACCCUCAGCAGGUAGCACCAUCAAAAUGCACAUUGCCACAAAGGGAAUUUUGAAAGAAUAAGUGGAG